AUGUUCAAUGUGAAUACAGUUAUUCAAACGCAAGGACUUAGCACAAAUUCAAGUACUAGCACUGCGCUCGAGGAACGUUCGCUUGAGCGCCACAGCCAAUUCCACGAACAAAAGUUAAUUGAGAAGUUUUGCCGGGCGACGCAACUAGUGAAAUUGAUCGAAGGGACCGUCGAGAACUUUCUGCGCAAUUACAGGCGCACGCGCAAACCGGAGGAGGCGCUGGCGCCCCUGCGUCUGCGCCUGGACUUUAACUACGUUGAGCUGGUUGAGCACGCACCGCAACUGCUGCACCUGGUCGUCGAGGAGCCUCUGCAGUUUGCCGAGGCGGUCAAGUACUCCGUCUACGGGCAGGUGCGCGAUUUGCUAAAAGCCAACGCCAACGACAACGGAGUCAAAGCGAUUGAUAUCGCCCAGCUGCAUACACAUUGGCGUCUUGUGGAUCUGCCGCUACAGCAGAAUCUACUGUACAAUCCAUCGCAGUAUCUGUACCGUUUGGGCCUGGCGCUGGUGAAUGGCUUCUUGUCCGCUUAUACGCCGCCGGAGACAUUAGUGUGA